UACUCGAACGCAGCAAUGUUUACAUGAGGGAGGCUGAGCAGCGCAUGCCCGUAGCGAGGAGUGGUGCUGGUGGUGGUCUGAUUAUUACCAUCCAAUUACCAUCCCCCUGCCCUUGAGUGAUAGUGGCUCGGCUGCCCCUGUGAGUGAAGGCAAAGGAUUGGCUGAGGGAACAUGCCUGGAGCAAUGGACAAGCCCCGCCUGAGAACUUUCAGCAGCAGCAGCACUGGGGGUGGAGGAGGGCCGGGUGGAGGCGGGGUGGAGGUGCAGUACUCACAGAUUGGUGGGUCGGACUCAGAUGAUUCCCGGUCCAGCAUCUCCCGGUCUGAGGAUACUGAUGGAGUGCCAGGCAUCACCUACACUUCAGAUGACUCGGCGGAGGUGGUGCCGUCGGACAGUGGCGUGGACAGUGGCAGUUGUGGCAUUGACUCAGACACAAUUGGUUACAUUGGAGGCAGUGUUCAGAUCCAGGAUGAUGAGGUGUCACAGAGGUUGCUACUUGACUCGGAGUGCCCCAGCCCCCAGCCAUCACCCCAGCCUGCCCCCUGCUUCACCCUCACCCAUCCUCUUGCCACCAUGGCCUUCACCUCAGGUUCUGACUGUAACCUAGAGCUGGCCAAUGAUCCUCACCUGGGGCUCCCUGAGGACAGCCAGCACCAUGUGUAUGCUGGCCUAACCCACCUGGGGCCUCACCCUGAGAGCCGUGGAUUUGAGCGCAGCAGCAGCGUGUCCUCUGCCUCAUCUGGCUCUUCCCCUGGCGUGCAGCAGCCCCUCCUACCCGAGUAUGAGGCACUGGCCCCAGAGUUUCCCCUGCACCACCAUCAUCACCACCACCACCACCACCACUUCACCAGCCUGGAGUAUGAGCCCCUGGAGGACCAGCACGACCCCCUCACUGCCGACGCUGCUGCUGCUGCUGCUGCUGGGAAGAAGAUGCACGAUCCACUAGACAUAUUAGUGGAUGUGAAGGACAUCCCAAGUACAAUUCAGCCGUUCCUGAACCGGUGUAUGGUUGGUGGAGGCGUUCACAUCUCAGCACAGUACAAGGAUGCCUUCUAUGUGAGCUGGAAUUGGCCCCGCAUCCGCCAAACCUGCGUGCUGCUCAACGUAUCAGUGCUGCUGGCCCUGCUGUGUGUUGGAGUGGGGCUCCUGGUGCAGAUGCCACGAGGGGGAGAGUGUGACCCAGACCAUGCCUGGUGGCAGGGCUCUGUCAUGUAUGAAGUGUUUGUGCCAAGCUUCCACGACUCUGAUGGGGAUGGAGUGGGGGAUUUGCCGGGCCUCACUGCCAAGCUGGAUUACUUACAGGGACUGGGUGUGCGUGGUGUGCACCUUGUGUCCAUCCUUGAAGCAGCAGACUACCUGGGCAGCCACACUGCUGUCACCAACUAUACCACUGUGGAUCCACUGCUGGGCACCCAGGAGGACCUAAGGAUGCUGGCCACUCACCUGCACCAGCGGGACAUGUACCUCCUCAUGGAUGUGCCUCUUGCCCAUGCUGCAGGGGAGAACACCAUCAAUCUGGCUGAGAUGACCCUGAUCUUGAAGCACUGGCUGGAUACAGGUGUGGACGGCUUCCACUUCCCGGACAUCACACAGCUGGCUGGUGACCCAGGGCUGGUGGAGGUGCUGCAUCAGUGGCGGAACAUCCUGGACCAGUACAGCCAUGGCAUGGAGCACCGGGUGAUGAUGGCGCCCGUGGAGCUCCUCAACUCCCUGCAGGCCGACUCCUUCCCUCACUUGGACCACCUCAUCCGUCAGCUGGAUCUCAUCGAUGUUGCUGUUGACCUCACUGCUUCUGUAGAGGCAAUUGUUGAGAAGGUGAACAAUGCCACAGCUUGGGACAGCCACGCCUCGUUGCCCUGGAUCAAUUGGAACAUGGGAGGCCCUGGCAGGCAACGGGUGGCUGCUCUCACUGACCUUCAUCCCUUAGGCCACAGCUUGGUGCUCCUGUUCUUCCCUGGCACCAUCACUCUCUACUAUGGGGAUGAAUUGGACUCCUCCAGUGUGUCGCAGGAUGCUAAUGAUUGGUCAUCAGUCAUGGCUUGGAACACAGAGGCCCAUGCAGGAUUCAGCUCUGUUGAGCCAUGGAAGCCUCUGAACACUGGCUGGGAAGCUGCUAAUGUUGAAAGCCAGAACUACACCAUUGCAGCGUUGUCCACGAUGAUUGCAGCUCGGCAGAAGAAGGUCCCUAUCUAUGUGAAUGGCAUAUUUGACUACGAGGGAGACUACCAUCCAACCAAAACGUCAAAUUACAGGGUGCGACAUGCUGCGGAGGACCUGCUCAUCAUGGACCGCUUCUACCCGCGCCGGAACCAGUAUGCCCUGGUGGCAAACCUUGGUGGCGAGGUGAUAAACAAAGACCUUUCACACUUUUACUUUGGGGGCUCAGUCUUGGCCUCCUCUCACGGACAGACGGGAUUUGUCACCUUCCGAAACAUUCAUCUCCAGCCAGGCGAGGCUCUGGCUUGUAUAUUAGACUUGUAAUUAGAGCCUAAAUUAGUGGUGUUUCAAAUUUUAUAAAAGGUUUUGAAAUGCAUAACAAUCCUAGUCAUGAAAUUGUGGAUUAAAUAUAAUGUGGUAGUUUGGGAUAGGAAAGACAUAUGCUGCCUCUUUCAGUGUGUGUUUGAAGUGUAUUGUGUGUUGUGUGACAGUAUAGUUUGGUGUGUGCUGGUUGUAGUGAUGUGUUGGGAAGGGACACUCUGAGAUGGCAGAACAAACUGUCUUAACCAGGAAGGAAUGGAAAGGAGUUUGCCAUAUUUAUAUAUUAUCUGAUUUAUGAAAUUAAACUUCAUAUAUUUUUUUGCUCCUAUGUACAGAAUCUGUUCUUUUUUUUUCAUAGUUAUGAGAGUACAUUCAGGGAUGCAUAGUUUUCUGAAGCAUAUUAAAUGAAAGUAUGAUAUAAAUUAAUAUAAUGUGCAAAAUGCUGCUGUGUAAAAUAUUGUGCCUACACUAAAGCUGCACAUGCUCCUGAUGAGUCAUUGAAGAAUCACAGCCAAGGCCAGCCAUGAUACACCAGGAAUCCAUUCUAAGCACUACACAUCAUGCCUGGCCUUGGCUCAGAUUGCUCAAACCACUUGAAGCCCUGGAUGUAGUAUAUCAAUAUUUCUCACUCUUUGGAAAAUGCUUUAAUUAUAAUUAUAAAUCAUGAGAAACAACAUUUUAAGGUUACGUAUAGGCUGAAUAAUAUAACUGUAGUCAUUUGAAAUUUCAAAACAUGUGUGGUAACUGAAUGCUCAUAAUGAAGUGCCACUGGUCAUUGUUACAUCUUUGGAUUGUUAGUUUGCCUUCAGCUUACUCCAGAUCAUGGAUAGUGUUGACAGUGUCCCCAAGACAAGCCUGAGUCAGUCACUUCAUGUCUGGUUCACGGGAUUCCAGCCAUAAAGGCACUAAGGCUUCAGCACGCUGGCCUCUCUUGUAGCGGCCACAGACACAGUGCAGCGUCCUGAAAGGGAAAAGUUGCAGCUUUAGAGUAAUUGUGUAGUGGUCACGCAUUGUGUCACAGACUGGGCUCACCAUUGCUUUAGGGAUUUACUGUUCAGGAUGAAGUAAUGUCUCUCUCCUUCAUCACAACCUGCAGAGGGCUGGACUUCAUAGGCCCUUUCUACAUAUCUCUUAAGUAGGAAGAAGACUAAUAGGAAUAAGUAUGUACAUUAGCUGGAAUUUGGAUUUGUAAACAUUGUAUCAAUGUUGAAAAGUUACAUUGGUAAUAACAAAGAAUGCAUGUGAAAAUAGGUAUUUGAAGUCAUGUUAAAGUGACACAGGAGCAUCGUUGUGUUGUAAGACAAUCCUGAGAGCUCAAAGUGUUUUGUUAUUGGCUUCUUGUCUCCUCACAUUGUCUAAGGACUCAAAACAGACUUAAACUAUUAAGAAAAUAUUACGAUAACCUCAGUAAAAUCAGUGUGGUAGUGAAGUGGUUAGUGUCACUGGCUGGUGGGCAUGUGGCUCAUCCACUUGAGUUAACAUGUGGUGAGGGCAGCUGCACCUAAGCCAGUUCAGUUGCUCAUCCUCUUUUACAAGGCUUGUCUAAUGUAUCAUGCAUAGUAUAUAGGGGAAGUAAAUAUGUGGCCUGUACAGCAGAGUGGCCCUUUGUACAAGAGCAUCCUCUGUGGUUGAGAGGCCGAGGGAACGGAGAUAAGCAUUGGAGCAAAGCACUGCUCACCCUGUGUUCGGUUAGUAUAUUGGUACACAGUAUUUAAUUAGUUCAUGUUGACUGUUCAGUCUCUUUUACGCAGCAGUUGGCAAACAGAAAUCAGCGACAGGAGGUGGUACUCUGUACUGGCUGACAGUUGCCAGUUGCCACAGCUUCCUAAUGUUUAAUUUCUCUCCACUUUACAUCACAAUCCAUGCAAGCAGCUCAGUGGCUGCUGCUACCAAUGACAGUGCUGUGAUGUGAUGAGCUUGGGAUUCCACUGUCAUGCUUGGUGUUCUUAAUUGUUGUUAAUUGGCUGAUGGACUGUUUAGUUGGUGGAACAGAACACUUUUCACUGAUGUUGGAUUCAGUAUGCUAACUGAAUGCUGUGUUGUUUAACCUUUUUGAAUUUUUAUCAUUCAAUUUAUUAUUCUUUUUAAGAUUGAAAAUUAUGGUAGUACUCAUAUACAGUUUAAUUUGUUGCAGCUUGGAUAAAUUUACAGAAAUCCAUUGGCUAUAAUUUUUGCCAUUGCAUCCAGUGUAAACAGGAUAGCAUAAGGGAGUUUGCUUGUCUCUGUGCCUUAACAAACAUAGACCUAAGUGUAGAGGUACUGUGAUCUCCAGUAUUGUGAUACCUGAGUGAAGGUUGUGUUGUGAAGGACAAAUGGCUACUUUUAUUCACAUCAGUAUUUAGCUUCUACUGAGAGUUUCAACAUGUGUAUAGAGUCUCACUUGUGAGUCAUGCCUGCAUAAAUAUUAUAAUGAUAAUUUUUUAAUUUAUUGCAAUCCAAUCCUUAUUUAGUUUACCACUUUCAUUUAUAAGAAUGUAAUUUUAAGAUUGUUUCUACUCCUUCCUGCAUUGUGUUCCAUGCCCACAUUUGCUAAUAAUUAUUUUUUACAUCUUUUCACAAACACAUCUGUACACCAGAUGGACUGAGAUUCCCAAAAAGUAAGGCAGCUCAGAUAAAUUUCAUUGAAAGAUAAAAAUACAGCAAUACUUUUGCCCAUCUCUCAGUUAUCUUUCAUGAUGCACAUGAAAUGGGCAGGCAGUGUUCUUCUAUCCUGGCUGUGGUGUGCAUGACCAGGCCUUGGCCCAGUUUUCUUUGAAACCUCUUGGCAGUAGUCAGAGAUUCCCUAACCACUCCAUCUAUUCUACUGCAUGUGACAUGCAAUGGUUCAUAUCUACUCCAUCAGAGCUAUUUAGCAAUCAUUACUUGUCAUCUGCCAGUACUUGUAGAGACACAAUUGUGUGGAAUGUGACAUGUUGGACACUUCUGAUGUGGAUAAGCCAUUGCUGCCCAUGUUAUGAUGUAACAGUGAGCCAAGUCUAGUAUGACACCUGUCCUGUGUGGUAAUACAUCAGGGACAGUGUUACAAUGAGUACAGCACAUUAGUCGCUACAAAACUGGCAGCCUAUUCUCUUAUUUUACUCUAUGCUGCAUUUCAGUGUAGUUAGUAAUUACUAGCCUGUGUUCAAUGUAUUCACAGUGUUGUUAACUCUUAAUUGAUUUUUCUUUUAAGUUUGUUUUUGAUUAGUUAUAUUUAACUUUCAGUUUUGAUUAUACUAUUUUCUGUUGUUUCAUCUUGAAUAAAUUUAUC